UUAAUUUAAUGAAGUCUAUAGUUAUAACAGGUUGCAACCGAGGCAUAGGCCUAGGACUUGUGAAAUAUUUAGUGAAAGAUAAAAUAUCCCCAAAAUAUGUAAUGGUUACAUGUAGGAAUUUGCAGAAUGCAAAAGAACUCCAAGAGAUAGCAGAUGCUAAUAAAAACGUACAUGUACUUCAAUUAGAAGUUGACAAACCAGAAACUUUCGAUAAUUUUGCCAAAGAUAUAGAAGCCAUUGUGAAAGAAGAUGGACUGAACGUGCUGUUUAACAAUGCUGGAUAUUCACCAAAAUCCACGAGAAUUAAUUUUGUCAAGGCUGAACAAAUGAUGGAGACUUUUUCAAUUAACGCCGUAGGACCAUUGAUGUUGACAAAGGCGCUCCUUCCAAUACUAAAGAGAGCUGCAACUAUAAAUAAGGAUAAACCACUAGGAAUCGAGAGAUCAGUUGUGGUUAACAUGAGUUCGUAUUUAGGAUCUAUAUCAAUGAAUAACCAAGGUGGUCUGUAUCCGUACAGAUGCUCUAAGGCUGCCUUAAACAUGAUCACCACUUCUUUAAGCAUUGACCUAAAACCCGAUGGAAUUUUAGUGACUUCGGUUCACCCCGGAUGGGUUAAAACAACCAUGGGGGGUCCAAAUGCUCCUUUAGAUGUAGAUAUUUGUUCCAAACGAAUCAUACAAUUACUGAAAACGCUCAACGAAGACCACAAUGGACAAUUUUAUUCGUACGAGGGCCACAAAAUUGGUUGGUGAAAUAAAUAAUGUAUGAAAAAGGAAAAAAUUUAUGUUUAAUUUUGAAUGUAGAUAUUUUAAAUAUAUUAUUUAAUUAUAAGUUUCAUAUAUUAAA